CCUGGGCCAUUUUCCAUAGGAUCCUAACCUAAAAGCUCUCUCUCCUCGCCACCUUACCCAAAUUCAAAAGCGAGGGAACCAAAAAAACAGACAACAAAUUACAAAACUAACCGCAAAUUUUGCUUUUCCCUUUAGGCUUUUUUUCUUUUCUUUUUAAUCAGUCAAAAUUCAACACCAAAACCAAACAUAUUACGUUAAUUCAGAUUCAGACAUGAACAUCGGCAAUCAAUCAUAAACAAGAAAAACGUCAGUAAUUUCCUCAAUACAAUGGCUACUACGACAACAACAACCGCAGCAGCUGCUAUCCAAUCCGAUAUUCGCUCUGCUCUUCACAUAGCCAAUUCCAUCUUCGCACGCGCCUCUUCGUCCUUCCCUUGCUUACGCUCCCCAAGACUACUGUUAUCAUCUUCAUCCUCCCGCAGAACCACAUCUUCGCUGUCGUGUUUUCGGCUUAGAGCUUUCUCCACCGAUUCAACUGUAAAACUUCCGGAAAAACCGCCAAUUUGUACGGCCGAUGAACUUCACUAUGUCUCGGUUCCUAAUUCGGACUGGCGUCUCGCUCUCUGGCGCUAUCAUCCUUCUUCUCAGGCACCUGCAAGGAAUCAUCCACUGUUGUUACUCUCUGGAGUUGGCACUAAUGCCAUUGGUUAUGAUCUCUCUCCCGGUUCAUCUUUUGCACGAUAUAUGUCUGGUCAAGGAUUUGAAACAUGGGUUCUUGAAGUUAGAGGCGCUGGAUUGAGUGUGCAAGAAACAAAUCCCAAAGAGAUCCAGCAGUCUGCACAUGCUGUCUCUCUAGAGAUGGAAGCUGCUGCUAAGAAUGUAACCAAUGAGGCUUUGCCUUCUAUAGACCAGCCAACAAAUAAUGUUCCAAGUUCCUUUUCUGAUUCUAAUAAGAUUUUGACUGUCAAGGAGGAUCCAACAGGGAUAGCGACUGUAUGGGAUGAGUCGAAGUUGGUAACAAAGUUGACGGAAACUUUUAUGCGCUUGUCUGAAAGGCUUUCUGGAUUCCUGAGUGAAGGCCAGUUGAAGAUCAUUUCUGAUAAGUUAUUUGAUCAGAUAGCUAAACUUUUAGGAGAUUCUCAGUUAUCUGAACGUUUUAAUGAGAUAAGAGGAAAGCUUUUGAGCUUGAUGGAAACAAGACAAAACUCAGUUAUUACUAGUCAAAUCAGGGAUCUUAGCCAAAGACUUGUGAAUAUUUUUGAGGAAGGUCAAAAGUCUGUUUCGCCUCAGUUGUUUGACUUGCAAGAGCGUCUGUCUGCAACCAUAGAAGAUUUUCAGAAACAACUUGACUUGAUUGUGAAGUAUGACUGGGAUUUUGAUAAUUAUCUAGAAGAGGAUGUUCCUGCUGCGAUGGAAUACAUAAGAGCAAAAAGCAAGCCAAAGGAUGGUAAAUUGCUUGCAAUUGGACACUCCAUGGGAGGUAUCUUACUUUAUGCAAUGCUUUCGCGAUGUGGCUGUGAAGGAAGAGACUCUGGAUUGGCUGCUGUUGUUACUCUAGCAUCAUCAGUUGACUAUACAUCUUCAAAUUCAAGACUCAAAUUGCUUUUGCCCCUUGCGGAUCCUGCUCAGGCUCUUAAUGUACCUGUUGUUCCCUUGGGGGCAUUACUGUCAGCAGCAUAUCCUCUUUCAUCCCGUCCUCCUUAUGUGUUGUCUUGGCUUAAUUACAUGAUAUCAGCAGAAGAUAUGAUGCAUCCGGAGUUGUUAGAAAAGCUUGUCUUGAACAACUUUUGUACAAUACCUGCCAAACUUAUCUUGCAGCUUACGACAGCUUUUCGAGAUGGUGGAUUAUGCGAUAGGAGUGGUAAAUAUUUUUACAAGGAUCAUCUACACAAGAGCAAUGUACCUGUUUUAGCCUUAGCUGGAGAUGAAGAUCUAAUUUGCCCACCUGAAGCUGUAGAAGAAACUGUUAGGCUCAUUCCUGAGCAUUUGGUUACCUACAAAGUGUUUGGAGAACCUGGAGGUCCACAUUAUGCACACUAUGAUUUGGUGGGAGGAAGACUGGCCGUGGAGCAAGUUUAUCCCUGCAUAAUACAAUUUCUUAGUCAUCAUGACUGAAAUGAUUAACUAGGUAGUUGAACUCAUUUACCUACACAAUUCAUUGCAGCAGCAAGCAUGAUUUUCUGGUACACGAAAUAUAUUUCUUCGGACCACCCAAAUUAUUGCUGAAGUUGGCGUAUGCCGCACCCUUGAAGCGACUCAUGGGAGAAAGAUCAUCCAGAGUCUAGAUCUGAAAAAUUUCCGAAAAAGGAAACAAUGCUAGCAUGAAAUUCAAUACUAAUUUUCACAAAGAGAAUUAAGGUCAAUGGAGUAGUCAAUUAAAAAUUAAUGCUAAAUCAAUUGUAUCUUCAUGUUUCUACGUUCAAUGGCAUCUGGAUGAAUUUCAAAUGCAGGUUAACUUGCUCGUA